CGCAGGAGCCGCCCGCCAGUCCCGCGCCCGGACUUUGCCAUCGGCGGGGCCGGGCGGCCUGAGCGCCUCCGGGAUGCGUCCUGCGGCCGAGGCCUGAGAUUUAGCUCACUCUGGGGACGUGACUGGGACCGAGGGAGCCACCCAGAAGCAUGGAGACUGUGGUGAUUGUCGCCAUAGGUGUGCUGGCCACCAUCUUCCUGGCCUCGUUCGCAGCCUUGGUGGUGGUUUGCAGGCAGCGCUACUGCCGGCCUCGAGACCUCUUGCAGCGCUAUGAUUCCAAGCCCAUUGUGGACCUCAUUGGCGCCAUGGAGACCCAGUCGGAGCCGUCUGAGUUAGAACUGGACGACGUGGUCAUCACCAACCCUCACAUUGAGGCCAUUUUGGAGAACGAAGACUGGAUCGAAGAUGCCUCGGGUCUCAUGUCCCACUGCAUUGCCAUCUUGAAGAUUUGUCACACUCUGACAGAAAAACUUGUUGCCAUGACAAUGGGCUCCGGGGCCAAGAUGAAGAACUCAGCCAGUGUCAGCGACAUCAUUGUGGUGGCCAAGCGGAUCAGCCCCAGAGUGGACGAUGUGGUGAAAUCAAUGUACCCUCCGUUGGACCCCAAACUCCUGGAUGCACGGACAACUGCCCUGCUCCUGUCUGUCAGUCACCUGGUGCUGGUGACCAGGAACGCCUGCCACCUGACCGGGGGCCUGGACUGGGUCGACCAGUCACUGUCGGCUGCUGAGGAACACCUGGAAGUCCUUCGAGAAGCAGCCGUGGCUUCGGAGACAGAUAAAGGCCUCCCGGGCCCUGAAGGGCUCCUGCAGGAGCAGUCGGCCAUUUAAAGCCGCCGUCCCUGGUGGCUCAGCGGAACCUUCCGCUUUUCCCCGUAGUGUCAGUUCUCCACAGCUCAGGACUUCAGCUGUGCGUGAGAGGCCGAUGCCUCUGUUGCAGUUGCAAAUGGUGGCUGUUGAGUGGCAGUCUAACACCACGGUUCCUGGUGACCACAUGCCCAUCUGUACAGCAGAGCUUUGGAAACUGGUAGACCAGCAGCUUUAUUUAGCCCACCUAGUGUUUUUAAGAAAAUUGAGCCACCGUCUAAAAAAUCACAGGGUUUUGCAUUGAAAUCAGAGUUUCUGGCUUCUCUUAAACAAUCUGAAGAUAAGGCGCCUCUGAAAUGCAUCUGCACAAGACAAUCAACUUGAACUCAGUGGGAGUUGUGUCUUUUGACAGGGCUUGUUCUCUCUCCCUCUCUGUCUCUCUGUCUCUCUCUGUCUCUCUGUCUCUCACCUGGUCUGUUUCAUUUGUUUGUAUUAUCUGUCUAGUCCCUGGGGCAUCUGAGUCCCUCCUCCCCUUCCCAGGUUUGCCUUUGAAAGUGAACACAGAGUUCAUUUUUCCUUUUCGUUGGGCCUGCAAUUUUCCCUACCUGCCACUAGGAAGACAGUACACUUGGACUUCUGUCAAGCAAGUGGUUAUUGAGUCAUUCAAACGUAUUGGGUGUGGCCUGACGUAUUUGAGAAAUGAGGGUGGGAGAAGGGAGCCUAAGAGUCCUGAGGACACCUUGUGUGUACGACCCAGAAAGAGGCAUGUCAAGACCCUUCAGAGUUUAGGCGGAAGUUAAGAUCCUACCAUAAACUAGUUUCCACAUGAGCAGUGACCUUCAUGAAGGAUGUGGUCCCCCUUUCUUUUGGUUUCUAUCUGUUUUGCAAAUAUUGAAAGAUGAGGGGCAUUUUUAUGGCUCGGGACCUUUGUGGGAUCCAGAAUCCCAAUCGCAUAGUCCAGACAUACAUCCGAAUUGCAUAAUUGCCAUCAUAAACAUAUAGGAAGGAAAGGCUGAAGUACUUUGGUUCCUCUCAGGAUCUGAGUCAACAUUGCUCUUGGGAGAAAGGGCUCUGGCUCAGGAGCUGCCUUGGUUCACAUGCUGUGCUGUUUGGCAUGUUUGGAUCUCCGAGUCUGGUCCCACUUCAUUUUCUGUGCCCUA